AUGGCUCCCUUAUCGACGAGACGGACUUCCACCACUCGUUCUAUGGCAUCACUGAGGAGCUCGCGAAGCAGCGACCCAGAUUCAACGGAGGAACCUCCGGCUAAGAGGCGAAAGUACGUUCCGGGAGGCCCUGGAGGAGGUGGCAGAUAUGUCGAGGUGGAAAAGAAACAACAGGGACCUACUGCGGAAUCGAGUCCAGGAGGCCAGAGCUACUCUGCACCCCGUCCACGACGCGAAACCACAAUCAACGCCACCCAGCCUCCUCCGAUAACACCUCCUUCAACUCGUCCAAGAAGGGACCGGACACAGAGUCGUGGGCGUUAUAGCUCUGCCACAGCUGCUGCUCUCGCGCUACAACAAGGUGACGGGUAUAAGCCCCGCGAAGAGCGGGGGUGGGAGGAAUUUCAUCCCGACUUGGAUAUCGAGGCGAAAUUCGCCGUCUUCAGUGCAGAGGAAGUGGACGGAACCGCCAAGCAACCGAAUGGUGAGUCAUGCAAUGGGGCUAAUGAGAAUCGCGACGGAGACACUGCCGUCCCUGCCACUCCAAAUGGCAAUGAGGUCCCUCAGACGCCUCCGAAACGUCGACCUGGUCGUCCUCCGCGCCGCCCUGAUUCCAUGCUGAACGGUAUUGGCACUCCCAACGAGCCGAAAGUCGUCCCUCCUCCUGGACCUAACCCCCGUGAGAGGCUCACUUUACCGAAGCCGAAUUUCUAUCCACGUGACCCUUUUGUCCGUUACGAGCAAAAAGGUGUUGGCCAACAGAACUAUGUGGAUCGCACCAUGGCUAGUGUGGGCUAUCAAGAAAGUGACAUCUUCAUUCGGCACGACCGCCGACUGAUUCGCAUGUCAGAAGGUGCGGCAGAGGAGGAUCUCGAUAUGAGCCCCCCACCAGCCGACGGCGAUACGAAUGCCGCCAUUGGUGGUGCGGGGGUGGGUCGAGUCGAAUACGAUAUGGAUGAGCAGGACGAAAAAUGGCUAGAAGACUACAACGCGAAGAGAAGAGAGGACCAGCUGGAGCCAAUCAAGCCGGCUGUCUUCGAGAUCACCAUGACCAAGAUCGAGAAAGAGUGGUAUGCGCUCGAAAAGCGCAUCCCGAAACCCAACCCAAGACCUCCCCAGACGCAACGGCCUCGUUCUAGUUCCGCAGCUGCGGUGAAUGGUGAGGCAAUCGGCUCGGGGGAGGAGCAAGAUAGCAAAUGUGCAGUCUGCGACGACGGAGACUGUGAAAACUCCAAUGCAAUCGUUUUCUGUGACGGGUGUGAUCUCGCGGUGCAUCAAGAGUGCUAUGGGGUACCGUAUAUCCCUGAAGGACAGUGGUUAUGUCGAAAGUGCCAGCUUAUCGGAAGGGGAUCGCCAAAUUGCAUCUUCUGCCCGAACACGGAAGGGGCCUUCAAACAGACAAAUACCUCGAAGUGGUCCCAUCUUCUCUGUGCGAUUUGGAUUCCAGAAGUUGGCAUUGGUAAUCAGUCUCUGAUGGAGCCUGUAACCGAUGUGGAAAAGGUGCCCAAGAGUCGAUGGAAGCUUCAGUGUUACAUCUGCAAGCAGCGAAUGGGCGCCUCUAUCCAAUGCAGCAACAAAAACUGCUUUGUUGCAUUUCAUGUCACGUGUGCAAGAAGGUCCCAGUUAUACCUGAAGAUGAAAACCGGCCAUGGAAGUCCUGCCAUCAUGGAUUCCCAUUUAUUGAAAGCGUUCUGCCACAAACAUGUCCCUCCAGACUGGCGGAAGGAGCACGGCACCGAUGAAGCUUACGCAGAAGCUGUCGAAUAUUACAAGAAUACGAUGCAAGGGAAGCGAUGGGGGGACAGUCAGGCCGCUGCACUGUCGUUGGGGCCAGAUCCGCAGGAUGGCGCAGAAGCGGGCGAUGAACAUAGCCAGCAGGGACCCAACCUUCACCUGACUUUCAACGCUGGCGGUAAUAACAAGCGGAAGCGGACGACAGCGCCGAAGACGGUCUGGAAAUUGCCGUCAGGAGCGCCCGUGAUCCCACAAAGCAUACUGAAUUCGGUUAUCGCCUCCCUUCAGCGAUUCACCGUCCGCCAGAGGAAACAGUAUGCUGAAGAUGCUUGUAAAUAUUGGACCCUGAAGCGAGAGGCUCGCAGAGGGGCUGCCUUGCUGAAACGGCUCCAGUUACAGUUGGAGACAUUCUCUUCAAUGGAAAUGACGAGGAGGAAUUUCGCUGCUAUGGGACCGAUUGGCCGUUCACGACUCCAGCGACGGAUCGACUUUGCCGAGCGACUCACCUACGACGUCGACAAGGUCCGCAUUCUCUGCGACGAGGUCAAGAAACGUGAGAGGGAAAAAUUGAAAGAUGCGGAAUUACUUCGAACCAUCGUGGAUACUGUCUAUUUUCCUAUUCCCCCCUUGCUCUGGCCCAUUUUCGAAAAAGUCCAGGCUCUUGAUCCGAAAGGAGUGUUCCGGCCGCGUCUCCAGUUUGUGCGACAAAGAUUGGAACGCCGAUAUUACACGUCUGUAUCAACUUUCUCGGCCGACUUGGCUCAUAUCUUCACAACGGAAAUUGGGGUGCAGCCAGCUGGCGAUACGGCUGAGUUGCAGAUGCAGAUCAGUGGCCGGGCCCCCGAGCUCAGUCUGGAGCAGCGAGAAAAGAGGAAACUCGCUAAACGGAUCAUCAAGGCAAUUCAGCCCGCGCUUGAAGAUGCCAUUCGGAAAGAGAGCGAGCUCAACGGCAGGCCAUUCGAAAAGGAACUCAAAGAGCUGGAUCUUAUCCUGGAGAGCGGGGUUCUGUCGCGGAGGGCUUCGAUGGCCGAAGGCGCAGCCGACCAGGAAGUUGGUGAUCAAGAUGGAUCUCCUACUGGUGCAGAUGAGGACAGUGGAGCUCAGAAUGCGGAAAUCGCCAAAUCGGAGCCAAAGGAUGAACUUGUGGCCCAGCCCGCCGUCGAGAAGACCGACGAUACAGAGAUGCCUGACGCGGGCGAAGCGGGAGAAAUCCCUGUUGCGAAGCCUAACAGCGAUAUUAAACCUGUAGCUGCCGCUGCCGAGUCGUCGACUUCUGACGAUGCAAAUACCAAACCUGUGCCUGAGGAAUCGAACUCCACUGCCACCAAGAAGGACAACCACAGUGUCAGUUCGGAUCCUCCUGGCCAACCGAAGGAAGCUGCGCCGGCCCCGCUGACCCCUCCAUUGAGCUACCAGGACGACCAGAAUCUGCCACUCGCGCAGGGUGGCAUCCAAUGGUAUAUGCAACCUUUCGAUCCUAUUGGGACCACCAUCCACGAGGAACGAUGGACGGGUCGCGAUGUGAUGAGGGGCAUGAGCGAGGAGCUCAGUGAGCUCGAUGAAGAUGAGCUCAAGGGCUUGGUGGACCAAGAGAUGGAGGAAGGGUUGGAGAAUCCGCAGAACGAGACAACAUCUGCGGUUGCUGAUAGCGCAGCAAAUGAGCCUCAGGCCGAGAAAGCGCACCGGACACGCAGACGCUGGCGAGGGUUCAAGUAA